CGUGGUGACGGAUGUCCAAAGUUCAGAACUUUUUCAAUGUGCGUUUCGUAGAGACACAGAGAUGGGGACGGCUUAAGCUGAGGUCCAGCAGAGACUUUUCUUUUUCUUUUCGAGUGAGCUGUGAGGAGCUGUGAUUUGAGAAGAGGAGCUCUCCGCCUGCGUUAUUUUGGAGUUUUUUGGAUCAAAGUGCAGACAUGCAGGCUCGCUACUCCGUCUCCAGCCCCAACUCGCUGGGCGUCGUGCCGUACAUCAGCAGCGACCCCAGCUACUACCGGGCCGCUGCCGGUGGGGGAUACACGGGGAUGCCCGCACCUAUGAACAUGUACUCUCACGCGGCUCAUGACCAAUACCCAGCCAGCAUGGCCCGUGCGUAUGGACCGUACACUCCCCAACCUCAGCCCAAGGAUAUGGUCAAACCUCCCUAUAGCUACAUCGCGCUCAUCACCAUGGCUAUCCAAAACUCGCCUGACAAGAAGGUGACCCUGAAUGGGAUUUACCAGUUUAUUAUGGAGAGGUUUCCAUUUUACCGAGACAACAAGCAGGGCUGGCAGAACAGCAUCAGGCACAAUUUGUCGCUCAAUGAGUGUUUUGUCAAGGUGCCCCGUGAUGAUAAAAAACCGGGUAAAGGCAGCUACUGGACUCUGGACCCGGACUCUUACAACAUGUUCGAAAACGGGAGCUUCUUGAGGAGGAGGAGACGGUUCAAAAAGAAAGACGCGAUGAAAGAGAAAGAAGAGCGGCUGCAGAAGGAUGUGCCGCCGAGGCAGCCAGGCCGGGAGCAGGAGCAGCCGGUGCAGGGCUCCAAACCUGUGAGGAUCCAGGAUAUUAAGACUGAAAACGGGGCAGUCACGCCACCGCAGGCUGACUCGCCAUCUUUGAACACCGUGCCCAAAAUCGAGAGCCCGGACAGCAGCAGCAUGUCCAGCGGGAGCCCUCACAGCAUCCCCUCUAACCGCUCCAUCGGCAUGGACAGCUCCGAGCACCACCAGCACCACAGCCAGGCCUCGACGCAAGGUUUCAGCGUGGACAACAUCAUGACCUCCCUCAGGGGGUCUCCACAAGGCGCCACAGAGCUCACUUCCACCCUCACUGCAUCCACCAGGACAGGUAUAACACCGUCUUUGUCCUUAAACUAUUCUCCAAAUCAGACAUCUGUGUAUAGCUCAGCGUGUAACCAGAACUCCACUACCUCCAACGCAACCUAUCAUUGUAACAUGCAAGCCAUGAGCUUGUACGCCGGGGACAGGUCGAGCCACUUGGCACCGAGCACCACCGUGGACGAAACGUUGCCAGAUUACUCAGUCACUACCACCUCGUCCUCCAUGAGCCACGCUAAUCUAAACUCUGCGCAGGAGGGCCACCAUGCCCACCAAGGGAGGCUGACCUCAUGGUACCUCAACCAGGCCGGAGACCUGGGCCAUCUGGGCACAGCAUACCCGGCGCAGCAGCAGAACUUCCACUCAGUCCGAGAGAUGUUUGAAUCCCAAAGAAUUGGCUUGAAUAAUUCACCGGUGAAUGGGAAUAACAGCUGUCAGAUGUCAUUCCCACCGAGCCAACCCAUCUAUCGCACUUCGGGAGCUUUCGUGUAUGACUGCAGCAAGUUCUGACCAAAAGAAAAAUAGGCUGAAUAUUUCCCUCACGGUGUUUGAACUCUUCCAGUAUUUUUUUUUCUUCCUCUCUCACCUGCCCUACACCACAUGGACUAAUAUGAAAAACAAAAAACAGACUUUCUAAAGAACAGUGUUACUGCAAAUAACACGUAAGUCUCUCUUUGCUUUUGUGGCUUUAUGUGAUAUGUUAUGUCAGUUUUCAUGGACGUGUAAAUUGCAUAUAGUAAUUUAUUUCUAAAAAAAAAUAAUGUAGCCGGAUAUUAUGGACCAAACACCAAAAAAGUGUUUCUAAAUUGAAUUGCCUUAAUUGUCCAAAAAACAAUUGUUCCAAUAUAAAAGUAAGAAAAAGGAACGUGUAUAUCGCCGUACUAUUUCAAAGAUUCUUCCUUUGUUGAAAAGUAUUCUGAAGGAUUUGUUUUGUUUGUUUAAUAAAUUUGUCAUUUUAUGUGAGUUAAA